GUUGCCCGUUCUAUGGGUAGAGUAGGCGUGUGUUGGGAAAGACGUCUUCAGUAGUAUAGUACCACCUGUUGUUAUGCUUAAUUUUUUUAAAAAGAUAAGCGUACAGUUAAAAGAUUUGCAGUGUUACUGAGUUCUUCCAGUGUCAAAAAUAAUAAUAUGGCAAAGAAAUCGCUUCCGCCCAGCCGAUUGGACUACGACUAUUUGUUAAAAUUUUUAGCACUAGGAAAUGCUGGAGUUGGGAAGACAAGUUUUCUUUAUCAGUACACAGAUGGUAUAUUCAAUUCAAGGUUUACAACAACUGUUGGAAUUGAUUUUAGAGAAAAGCGUGUAGUAUACCGAUCUAAAACUGUAGAAGGCAUGCAAGGCAAAAGUCAGAGAAUCCAUUUGCAGUUAUGGGAUACUGCUGGCCAAGAAAGGUUUAGAAGUCUUACAACUGCAUUUUUUAGAGAUUCCAUGGGAUUUCUGUUGCUUUUUGAUCUAACUAAUGAGCAAUCAUUUCUAUCAAUUCGCAGCUGGUUAGAACAGUUAAAGACUCAUGCUUAUACAGACAAUCCAGAUAUUGUACUUUGUGGGAACAAAGCAGAUCUUGAUGAUCAACGAGAAGUGUCUGAAGAAGAAGUAAAAGAAACGGCAUCUCGAUAUGGGUUGUCAUAUCUUGAAACAUCGGCUGCAACUGGCCAAAAUGUCAAUAAUGCUGUAGAGCUUUUAUUAGACAAAGUCAUGGUUAGAAUGGAUCAAGCAGUUGAAGAUGCAUUUGGUUCUGGGCAGAGAAGGCAAACCAUACAGUUGAAAGACUACCCUGGCGAUAGCCAAGGAUGUGCGUGCUAAGUCAGUUUUCGUAAUUCAUGUUGAAUCGGUGUUCCUUGUGCUACGUGUCGCGUAUAGUGAUUGAUUGGGUUUAAUUUUAUUUUGAAUUUGUGUAACCACUGUCAGAUUUGCAUCUCAUUUUGAU